AUGUUCACCAAAAGCAGGAGAUGUUUGGCAAAAUGGAACAUGGUAUCCGAUAACUUGGAACCCAUUCCUCUGUUGGAUAUCUAUAUUUACUUUGUACAAAACUAUCAAAAUGUUCUCAUAAAACAACUGACUGGCAUAAAAACUUCAAAAGGAAGUGUUCCGGUUUUGAUUGAUGAUACUUGGAGAUUAGAUACAUCAGCUAAAACGUACGACAGUUUGGUUUAUCUCGUACCAACAGGUUUAAGUCCUGAAAAAGAAUUCAACAAUAUGUAUUCUGAUUACCCUCCUCCGAUACACAAUCUAGUAGCGCGUAUGUUGUUUACAAAAUUUUGA